AUGGAAAAAUCUAUCUCUAGAACUUGGGUGGGCGACCUUCUACGAGGGGAAGGUGAGUCAAAGGAAGUGGAAGCCGUUUUUCAUCAAAUUUGGUUUGAAAAACAUAAGGGGUUGGUUCUGAUUUGUCGAUUCAAUUUAGUAUCUUUGGUCCUUGUUCAAGUUCCAAAUGUGGGUGAGAAGAUGAAGUUGAUAAUUUCUUCUAGAAAGCUAAGUAUUGACUCAAGCCAUCCUCAUAUCAUUACUAAUCCAUUUCAGUUUCUUCUAGCAAGCUAA